AUGAUUUUCCUUCGUCAUCAUAUGGAUGAAGGAUUGAAGGUUGAAUACCUUACGGUGAAAGAUCCACUUGAAUUGUGGACUGGUUUGAAGGAAAAGUAUGACCACCUUAAGGCAACGGUAUUGCCAAGGGCUCGUUAUGAAUGGAUUCACUUGUGGUUACAAGAUUUUAAAACUAUAUGUGAAUAUAAUUCUGUUGUAUAUAAAAUUACUUCCCAAUUGAAAUUAUGUGGGGAAGAUAUAAAAGAUGAGGACAUGUUAGAAAAGACUCUCACAACUUUUCAUGCCUCAAAUUUGGUAUUACAACAGCAAUACUGUGAAAGGAGAUUCAAAAAGUAUUCUGAGUUGAUCUCAUGCCUUCUUGUGGAUGAGCAACAUAAUACUUUUUUAUUGAAAAACCAUGAGGCCCGUCCCACGGGAACUGCUCCAUUACCAGAAGCAAAUGAGGUUGAAGCACAUGGCCAGUCUGAAAGAAGACAAUAA